AUGAACGCCAACAAUAAUAAUAACAAUUAUAAUAGUAAUAACAAUAAUAGUAAUAAUAAUAAGAGUAAUAAUACUAAGAGUAAUGAUAUGGAUGAAGGCAACGAUAACAUUUGUUGCGGCAACUGUAUAAAAAGUGAACAAUUCAUCUUGAAGUUGUUCACUGUACUCCGAAGAGCCGAGUUGAAAAUUUUAGAAUUGCAAGCUCAAAACAACAACAGUUGUGUUAACUCUACGUGUUGUGGUUUUAACGGCGGACUUUCAUUGCAUGAUGACGACAGCGCUGAUGGUGGCCGUUGUGGUCAUGCUUAUGACGAUGAUGAAAUUUGUCGAGAGCUAUAUCCGAAUCUGCAACAUCGAAAUCUGCAACAGCAACUACAACAACAACCUUAUCAUCGUCGUUAUCAUCAGCUGCAAUUGAAAAUCCAACGACAACGUGAGUUAAAGAACUUAUGUCGUGAAGAAUCCGACAACUGCAACAAAACCAGCAACAACAACAACAAAACCAGCAACAACAUCAACAAAACCAGCAGCAACAACAUCAACAAAUCGGACGGCGAUGAUAUAAGUGAUGUAUUUUUACUCUCAUCUGAUUACAUCAUCAUCUCUAAAAAUGAUUGCCAAGAUGGCAAAAACUGCAACAACAACAAUAAUAAUAAUACUAACAAUAAUAACAAUAACAAUAAACAACGCGGGAAAUUCUUUUUCAACUUGGGUGCUUCCGGCUUUGGACAUCUUUUAAAGAAAAAAGUUAUAAACAUCAGCAAAUGCAACAACAUUAAUAACAAUAACAACAACAAUAACAACAACAACAAUAAUAACAAUAACAUCAAUAAUAAUAACAACAACAACAACAUUAAUAACAAUAGUAUCAAUAAUAAUAAUAACAAUGGCAAUAAUAAUAAUAGUAACAACAACAAUCACAUCAACAACAUUCGUGACAGCAAUAUAGACGAUGGUUUCUUAACUGCGACGCUCCUUGCUGCUACCACUACUACUACUACUACUACUAUUACUACCACUACUACUACUAAUAAUAAUAAUAACAAAAUUGUAUACCUCACUCGCAACGACAACAACAAUAAUAAUAUUCUUACGUCUGUUUUUCCAUACUAUAACAAUGGCGAUCACAGUUUUGAGAGCAACAGCAGCAACAACAUCAAAAACAGCAAUAACAACAUCGCAAACCACAACAACAACAACAACAACAUCACAAACCACAACAACAACAACAUUACCACCAAUGACGACGACAUCGUUCUAAUCAGCGUCUGCGACCAGUGCCAGCAGACGUACGACGCAAACGAUUGCAGCGACGUCAUCGGCCACCGCCCGGAAAAUCACUGUCCUCUUUGCAGUCAGGCUGUCCGGCCUGGAAAACUCCUGGAGCACCUAGAAAUCAUGCAUGACGUCUUGGAGACCUUAUAG